GUGACCCAUCUCCUCCAUUACUGUUUCUCUCUCUCUACACACAUACACAAAAGUAGAAAGACGAAGAAGAAAGAACGGGUUUGUAGUUGGUGGUUGCGUUUCUUUCUCCUCUUUUUAAAAAAUUCAUCCUUUUCUCUUUUUUUUUUUUUUCAUCUCUUUCAGUUACCUUCUUCUUCUUUUUUUAUAAUCUAUCUACGCACGAACAGAAUCUCUAGCUCAAAAUUCAUCCUUUUGUUUGAAUCUCAUUCUGAGAUCGUUUUGAUUGAUCUGUAUCCUGACCCAGAAGAAGAAGAAACAGAGAAAGACGAAAAGGGUUUUCAUGAUUCUCGUGUUUUGAGUCUCUUUCUCAAUCCCUGUUCUUUGAUUGAUGGCUCAUGUAUUAAUAAAAUAAAAAAACACUUCUCUUUCUUUUUUUUCUUCUCUGUGUGUGUGUAUGUGUGGCAACUGGCAAUAGAAAAAAAAUCUACGUAGAUCUGUUCCUUUUGGGUUUAAAUUAUUUGAAAGACUCAAAAAGGGUCAGACCCAGAAGAAGUCUCUCACCUUUGCCUUUUUCUUUGGUCAGCUUUGGAAAGCUUUGAUUUUUUUAUUCUGUUUUUUUCUUCAUUCAAUUUUGACGAUUUGGGUUUAAGAUUCACUAGGGGUGUGUGUGUGUGUAUGUACUGGCAGUUGUGAGGAAUUAUAUGUGAUCAUUAGUCAAUCUUAGCUGGAACUAAAAAUUGAGAGAUCUCUUUGCAUAGUUUGAAUCAUCAUUGCUCUUUCCGGCGAGAAUCGUGAUCUAAAGCUUCAAUCUUUCCCACUGGAGGACCGUGGGGGUGAUUGUACCAUUGUUGGUCUGGAUUGCCUUCUUAAUAUAAUCAGGGCCCUUAGAAUGGGGUCCUGUUUAUCUGCUGAGACAAGGUCCCCUGGACCGGGCUCUCCUUGCUCUCCUGGGUUUAGUGUGAGGAAGAGGAAGAACUCCAAGAAACGACCUGGUUCUAGGAACUCUUCCUUUGAUUAUAGGAGAGAAGAACCUUUGCAUCGGGUUCCUGGACGGAUGUUCUUGAAUGGAUCAAGUGAGGCUGCUUGUAUCUUCACUCAACAAGGCAAGAAAGGGCCUAACCAAGAUGCCAUGGUUGUUUGGGAGAAUUUUGGUUCGAGGACAGAUACAGUCUUCUGUGGAGUGUUUGAUGGGCAUGGUCCAUAUGGUCAUAUGGUUGCAAAGAGAGUCAGAGACAAUCUCCCUCUCAAAUUAAGUUCUUAUUGGGAAGCAAAAGUACCAGUUGAAGGUGUUCUAAAGGCCAUCACUACCGACAACGUUAACAAUGCAACCAACAUUAACAACUCUGAAGAUACUGCUGCUUCUGUAUCUGCUGAAGAAGAACCUAGGACAUGUGCUAAGAUGGAGGAGGAGGAGAACAUGGAAUCCCAUCCGGAAUUGUUUCAAACGCUGAAAGAGUCGUUUCUUAAGGCUUUUAAAGUUAUGGAUAGAGAACUGAAAUUCCAUGGAAGUGUUGACUGUUUCUGCAGUGGAACAACAGCUGUAACCUUGAUCAAGCAGGGUCAGUAUCUCGUUGUUGGAAAUAUUGGAGACUCUAGAGCUGUAAUGGGUACAAGAGACAGUAACAAUGCUCUUGUCUCUGUUCAACUUACUGUCGAUCUUAAGCCAAAUCUCCCAGCUGAGGCAGAGAGAAUAAGAAAAUGUCGUGGACGGGUGUUUGCUCUUAGAGAUGAACCUGAAGUUUGUAGAGUUUGGCUGCCAAACUGUGACUCACCUGGACUUGCAAUGGCACGUGCUUUUGGAGACUUUUGCCUUAAAGAUUUUGGCCUAAUCUCUGUGCCUGAUGUAUCUUUCCGUCGCUUAACCGAGAAAGAUGAGUUUAUAGUGCUGGCUACUGAUGGGAUUUGGGAUGUUCUCUCAAAUGAUGAUGUAAUGGGGAUUGUAGCUUCAGCUCCAUCGCGUUCCACUGCAGCGAGAGCUAUAGUCGAGUCUGCGGUUAGAGCUUGGAGAUACAAAUACCCGACUUCCAAAGUCGAUGACUGUGCCGCUGUUUGCUUGUAUCUAGACGCCAACAACUCAAACGUCAUAUCUACAUCAUCUUCCAUCUCCAAACUGGACGAUGAAGAAGGAGACGAAGAGCUAAAAGCUGCGACUGAGAAUGAUGAUGCAUCAGGACCAAGCGGUCUUGGCCGUUCGAGUACUGUCAGGACGGGGAAAGAGAUUGCUCUCGACGAAAGUGAAGCUGAGAAGCUGAUAAAAGAAGAGGAUAACUUGGAUACAGAACCUGGAACAGAGUAUUCUGCACUAGAAGGUGUGGCAAGAGUUAAUACACUUUUGAACUUACCAAGAUUUGUGCCUGGAAAGUGAAAAGAGAAAGAAGAGCUGAAAUGAAGAAUUUGAGAGGUGAUAGAUCAUAUCAAAUAAAAUCACCCAAGAGAAGAAGGUACUGUGUCUUUUUGUUUCCUUUUCAACUUUCUACAUUGAUCUCUAUUCUUUUCCUUGAGUCAUAAUUCAUUGGUUUUGGAACAUAAAUUUUUGUCAAUUUUGUCUUUUGUUUAUGUCUUUCUUUCUUGUUGAUGUUUAUGCUGUUUUUUUGGUCUUGUCAGUAAAGAAGAGUGAAAAAAACAUCACAUGUAAUAAUGGCUUUGUGUCUGUGAUUCUGUGAAAGCCCCUCAGGCUUAAUUUUGUCAGUCUGUUGGGAAUUUUCCUGUUUUUGUCUA